CGGCGCGCACGGAGGCGGGGACUCUUACCUCACAGAGGUAGCUCCUCCGCCGGCAGCAACUCGGCGCCCGCGGUCCAUGGACCGGAACCCCCGGGCCGACGGGCAGGAACCCGGGCUGCGAUCGUCGCCUCCUCGCCCCAGGCUCCUCCUCCUCGCUCCCCGCCGCCUCCUCCGGACGCCCGCAGGCCGCGCAGCGCCGCCGCCGGGCUCGCAGAGCUGACCCCGGAGGCUGGGAGGCGGGUUCGUGGCCGCCGCGGGACUGAGGCCUACUCCGCCGCUUCUCAGUGCUAUUGUCCCUGGGCCCGGCCGUCCCGGCCCGGGUCCCCUGGAGAGGCGAGUGCUCCGGCUCCACGGAAGAUGCCGGACCAAGCCCUACAGCAGAUGCUGGACAGAAGUUGCUGGGUGUGUUUUGCCACUGAUGAAGAUGAUAGAACUGCUGAAUGGGUGAGACCAUGCAGGUGCAGAGGAUCUACAAAAUGGGUGCACCAGGCUUGUCUACAGCGCUGGGUGGAUGAAAAACAAAGAGGAAACAGUACCGCCAGAGUGGCAUGUCCUCAGUGCAAUGCUGAAUACUUAAUAGUUUUUCCAAAGUUGGGUCCAGUUGUGUACGUCUUGGACCUUGCAGACAGACUGAUCUCAAAAGCCUGUCCAUUUGCUGCAGCGGGAAUCAUGGUUGGCUCUAUCUAUUGGACAGCUGUGACUUACGGAGCAGUGACAGUAAUGCAGGUUGUAGGCCAUAAAGAAGGUCUGGAUGUUAUGGAGAGAGCUGAUCCUUUAUUCCUUUUAAUUGGACUUCCUACUAUUCCUGUCAUGCUGAUAUUAGGCAAGAUGAUUCGCUGGGAGGAUUAUGUGCUUAGACUAUGGCGCAAAUACUCAAAUAAACUACAAAUUUUGAACAGUAUAUUUCCAGGGAUUGGCUGUCCUGUUCCUCGAAUUCCAGCUGAGGCUAAUCCUUUAGCAGAUCAUGUCUCUGCCACCCGAAUUUUAUGUGGAGCCCUUGUCUUUCCUACUAUUGCGACUAUAGUUGGUAAACUGAUGUUUAGUAGUGUUAACUCUAAUUUACAAAGGACAAUCUUGGGUGGAAUUGCCUUUGUUGCCAUAAAAGGAGCAUUCAAGGUUUACUUCAAACAGCAGCAAUAUUUACGUCAGGCACACCGCAAAAUUCUAAAUUAUCCAGAGCAAGAAGAAGCAUAAAACUGUGACUUCCUGUCGUUCUGCAGUCCUCUCAUCCCUAUGAGUCUGUUGUGUUGUUUUGAUUCCAUCAUUAAUGCACAGUAGUGGAGACUUGUGAUAAGCUGCUGCUCUCGUAUUUUUAAGAAAUAUAAUAAAGAAAGCACUUAGGGCCGGAGAACUCCUCUCAGUAAUCACGGAACCUAAGGAUGUGAUUCGUUCUCAUUAUUCUGUAUGUACUUCUUUUAUGGCAGUCGUCUGAACCAUUAUAUUAGCAUGGGAAACCUGGCUUUGUUCAUAUUUUCUUCAAACAAAAAUGUAAGGAUCAACCUGUGCAAAUAUUGGAAAAUGCACAUGCUGUUUUAUUCAAAGGCCUCUUUUGUACGUGCUCAUGUUCAGUGUUUUCUUAGAAUUGGCAAUUCAAUGAAGGUACUGAGGACUUUUCUCACUGGCAUAAUUUGAUUACAUGUUGUAAACAGGAGUACAUGUUAAUAUGAGGAAAUGUAAAUUAAAUUAGUUAUAAAUAAAUAACAAACCAAAAAUGUAUGUAAACAUUUAAAUGAUUAUCUGAACAAAUGCGAUUUUGUUGUUUGUUUUUUUUAACCCACGUGAUGUCCUCCAAAAUGUGUAGGAUAAAAAUUCACAGGGCUUCCAGAUCACUUUUUCACUAUUAAAUAUUAUUUAUAUAAUGUUGACAUCUCAUAGUUCAUAAUGUAAUUUUGACUCAUGCAGUCUUAAUUACUGUGUGUGUAUGUGUGUGUGUGAGAGAGAGAAAGAGAGAGAGAUGUCAGGACCUUCCAUCACUGGACUAAGGUUUUUAAAUCCAUAUUUCUAGAAAUUAGAGCUGCCAGAUUAUAGUAGUUUGAGCACAGAGAACGAUUUGCAAAAAUUUCAAUAAAGUUAUUUUACUGUUCUCUUUCAUUGAUUCAGUUAUUCAGGUAUUUGCUGAUCACCUCCCGUUUGCCCAGGCACUGUGCUGAGUGCUGUGGGAUACAAUGGUGAACACGACAGACUUGGUUCUAUGUAGUUUACAGUCUAAUUUCAACAGAUAGAAAACCAACAGUGGUGAACCAAGGUGAGGCCUGGAGCUCUUUGUUUUUACACCAGUCAGUGAGGAGAUGCUUAUGAAAAUAAGUCUUGAGUAAAUAUUGAGGUCAUUGGUUUUGGCUUAAGACAAUUUAUUUUAAAAACCAAUACUAAUGUUUUUAGAUUUUAAUUGCUUGUCAUAUUGAUGAGAAUAGUAUCUUAAUAAUCACUGUUUAUCUAGUUUUAUAUUAAUUUUUAAGAAGCAAUUAUUUAUUUUAAGCCAUUUUUAAUAGUGGCCCUUUUAAUGUGAUUCAACAAUCUGGUUUUGCAGUUAUUUUCAUUAAUUAAAAUUCAAUUUUUAAAAGUUCUAAAAACCCUAUUUAUUUUCUUGUUUACAAUAUCUUAUGCAUGAUGAUAAUAAAUUUCCUCUUCCUGAUGAGUGGCCGCUUCUCUUUAGGAGUGUAGCAAAUAGAGAUUAAGCUAUGUUAGACUGCAAUAAUGUAUGUUAACUUUAGUAAUUUAAAAUUGGAAUCUUUAUAGUAUGAAUGUUGAGUUACAAUAUGAAGUUGAUGUGAAUGGCUAUUGAACAUUUAAAGUUGUCAUUCUUUGGGGAGGAAGGGAAUAUUUGACUGACAGUGGGCCUUAUUAAGAACACUGCUAUAGUUCUGAAGGGGAAAUAAAAAUCUAUGAUUAUAUAUAAAAGUAACUUAGAUUACAUAACUAUAAUUAUAAAAUAUAUUGGCUUUUCUUUCAUUUUUAAGGUGAAAAGACACUAGGUAUUUCCUGUAUAAUUUUGUUCUGUAGAACAGCUUUUAGGCAGCCUUUACUACAGUCAUAUAAGCACACAGUUCCUUAUUUACUACUUUAAUGUCCAAAAUGGGGAAGUAGCUGCUUGGACUUAUUGGCAUCAGGGCUUGUGAGGGAGAGAGAAACAACUGUAAUCUUUUGGGGGCAGGGAAGUGGGGUUUCUAGGGCUUUGGGAGGGAAUUGCAAGUGCCUGGGGACCAAGAGUGGCCUCUAGCCUUGGGAUUAAGCACUUAAAUCUAAAGAGCCUUAUUAGCUCAAGAAGUACCAUGUCCUAUUCUCUUUAGCAAGGUGGCCUGCACUGUCAUGAAGCAACAAAAGAGCAUGAGCUGGCUCAUGUUAGGUAGACCUGGUUCAAAUGCUAAUUCUGCUUUUAAUAACUUGACCUUGGCCAAAUGAUUUAACUUUCAGCUACAGUUUUCUUCAUCACUGAAAUGCAAGUAAUACUCAUCCUCAAAAGAUAUUUCCAGGAGUAAGAGAAAUUAAAGGAACAGGCACUUUAGGCUUGAAAUAGCACCUAUAGAGCAGCCAUUCUUAAUUGCUAAAUAGUCUGUUCACUCUCUAGGAAGAAUGAAAUAAAAGAAAGGCAUUAAGGGACAGAUUAAAGGGAUGCUGUAGACUUUGGGGAUAGGUGGGUAUAUUUUGUGUUUUUCAAUUUUUUUCACAUUGCUUUACUGUGUAAUUUCUAUAAAUUAAUGUUUUAAACCUCUUAUAUGAAAUUCAGUGACAACUAGUAAAAUUAUUUUUGCAAAAAUUAACUUAUCUCCAAAGUGGCUGAAAAUGUUGUUCAUCAUUACAUGAUUAUCAAAUGACUGUGAAAAUAUAUAUAAUUAAACUUAGUGACUUCAUUAGUCACUGCCUUGUUAACUGCUGUAAUUUUUUUUAAACAUCUUGUUUUUAAUAUAGAUUAUUUCAAUACUGGCUGGAUUAGGGUAAAUAAAGGAUAUUUCUGUU